CAGGCCUGCCCUUUAUCGUCCAGUGAUGCAGGAAUGUGAAGGAUGCUGAGUGUCCACCUGAUACACUUGCUUUGCGCCCGGGGGAGGGUCUCUCCAGUCUCUACUCCGGCUGCCAUAACACGGCUCAGGCUCAGGCGGGGACGCGGGGCGGGCAGGCAGGCGGGCAGGCGGGGGGACGCGCAUCCUCAGAGAGAUCGGCUGGAAACAUGAUCAUCAUCAGGGGAACCUGAACGCGUUCUUCUGCUCCGGUCAGAUGAUUCGACAACUUCGAAUCGUUAUCCUCCGAAGGACAUAAGACGCAGACGCAGGCGUCGUCGGGGCCGUGCGAGGGAGAAAAAAAGGACACAAGCCGACAUCAUCAUCAUCAAUCGCAGCGAGGUGUGAGGCGAGGUCAUCGCAGGAGUAAUACGAAUGUUUGCAGGCUGAACUGGACAUUAGAAGGCAAAGCCUGUUCAAUAGAGAUUUGAGAUUCGUCUUACUGAAGGACCAAAAUCACCUCACACAAUUGGACAGUGUUUGUGUGAUUACCUGUGCCUUGAUCCCAAUCUGAAGCUCUGACCUUAGUGACCACCACCAGCCUCAGUCAUCUGUUCAUCCAAUACUAUCAUCGAUACCUCAGGGAGGAAUGUGAAUAGGAGAAGGACUGAGGGUAGAGAAAACCCCCAAUAAAUCCAACCAAGACAGGAAGUAGGAUCACGUGGAUGCUAUGGACUGAAGAGCCAACUGAUACCAAAUCACACUGGCUUUGCUUGGAAGUUGACAAUGGUGUUGUUUCUGAUUGGGAUCUCUAUUGCUGUGAAUAAUUCAUCUCAUGAGAACCAAACUGCAGAAAACCCCACCCAUCAGGGUGCUCAUGUGCUGCCCUCAACACUGAUCAUAUCCCUGCUCCUUAUCAUCGUUGUCCUGCUGACGAUCUACUGUCUGAGGUUCAAAAACCACAGGAAAGCUCUUGUUACCUCGGUGGAUAAAAAGAUUCCAAAUGGCUUCUUGGAGGAACAAGGAGAGCAGACAGUGGUCCUUCUCCCCAGAUCUCCCUCACCAUCCAAGAGGUACUUCCCCAUCCCUCUGGACUCACUGGAGGAGGAGUAUCGGAUACGCUCUGCAGACGAUGGCAAGCUUUUCAGAGAAGAGUUCAAUUCGCUGCCGUGUUACUACCACCACGGGUCCUUUGAGGAGGCGAGCAGAGAGCACAACAGAGAGAAAAACAGAUACCCAAACAUUUUACCAUAUGAUCAUUCAAGAGUGGUGUUGAGUCAUCUCGAUGGACAUCUGUGUUCUGACUACAUAAAUGCAUCUUACAUAGAUGGUUAUAAAGAGAAGAACAAAUUCAUUGCAGCUCAAGGUCCAAAACUGGAGACAGUGGCUGACUUCUGGAGGAUGAUUUGGGAACAGAAAACAGCAACUAUAGUAAUGCUGACAAAUCUUAAAGAAAGGAAGGAGGAUAAAUGCUACCAGUACUGGCCAGAGAAAGGCUGCUGGAUGUACGGGAACAUCAGGGUGGCAAUGGAGGACUUCACUGUCCUGGUGGACUACACCAUCAGAAAAUUCUGUGUUCAAUAUCAGGCCAGCGAUGGUCCCCGAGCUCCCCGACUGGUCACCCAGCUCCACUUCACCAGCUGGCCAGACUUCGGGGUGCCGUUCACGCCCAUAGGCAUGCUGAAGUUCCUCAAGAAGGUCAAAGCUGUCAAUCCAUCCUAUGCUGGACCCAUUGUUGUUCACUGCAGUGCCGGGGUGGGGAGGACUGGGACGUUCAUUGUCAUUGACAGCAUGAUCGACAUGAUGCACAUGGACCAGAGGGUGGAUGUCUUUGGCUUUGUGAGCAGAAUACGAGAACAGCGCUGUCAACUCAUCCAGACAGAUAUGCAGUACUCCUUCAUCUACCAGGCUCUGUUGGAGUACUAUCUGUAUGGAGACACAGAGCUAGAUGUGUGCUCUCUGGAGGCCCAUCUGCAGAGGCUUCACAACACCAGGGCUCCCCACGACAGGCUGGGCCUGGAGGAGGAGUUCAGGAAGCUGACCAAUGUUCGCAUAAUGAAGGAGAACAUGAGAACUGGGAACCUUCCUGCCAACAUGAAGAAGAACCGUGUGCUUCAGAUCAUUCCAUAUGAUUUCAACCGAGUAAUACUCUCAGUGAAAAGAGGACAGGAGUUCACUGACUACAUCAAUGCCUCCUUUAUUGAUGGCUACAGGCAGAAGGACUAUUUUAUCGCAACCCAGGGCCCCCUGUCUCACACAGUGGAGGACUUCUGGAGGAUGGUGUGGGAGUGGAGGUGCCAUUCAAUCGUUAUGCUCACCGAACUCAAAGAGAGGGAGCAGGAGAAGUGUUUCCAGUAUUGGCCAUCAGAGGGCAGUGUAACAUUUGGAGAUUAUACCGUGGAGCUGACUGGCGAUACUCUGUGUGAAACCUUCACUCUCAAAGACAUGGUGCUCACCUACAGACCAGAAAAGCAGUCACAACAUGUCCGACACUUCCACUUCCACGGAUGGCCUGAGAUCGGAAUACCAGCCGAGGGAAGGGGAAUGAUUGACAUUAUUGCCGCUGUGCAGAGGCAGCAGCAGCAGUCUGGAAACCGUCCCAUAAUUGUGCACUGCAGUGCUGGUGCAGGUCGGACUGGUACCUUCAUUGCCCUCAGUAACAUUCUGGAGAGGGUGAAAGCUGAAGGCCUCCUGGAUGUUUUUCAGACAGUCAAGAGUUUACGCAUGCAGAGACCACACAUGGUUCAGACUGUGGAGCAAUACGACUUCUGCUACAGAGUGGUUCAGGAUUUUGUUGACAUUUUCUCAGACUACGCCAAUUUUAAAUAAUGCCUGUCAGAUACUGUUCUGUAUACUUUGGUCAGAUUAACUUAUGCAAAUUUUUUCUGAAUGUUGUUUUCUAAAGCAAGCUCUUUUUACAUUUUGCACAGGCCUAAAAAUUGUUGUAACAUACUGUAAUAUAAUUUAAAACAUCUGUGCUCCAGGGGUCUCUUUCAGGAAUGUUUGAUCUUCAAGUAUCUUAAAAUAUAGAAAUUAAUAGUUUUAUGUUGUGUAAAUGCAACAUUGUUAGGGUCAAUAAAAUGUUUAAGAGGAAAUAUUCAAUAAUUGUAUUUGAAUUACAUACUAUAUAUACAAUAUAUAUGUAUAUGUAUAUCAUAGUAUGUAUUACUCGCUACCUGAGAUGCAUCAUUAAUGUGUUGUAGAAUAUAUGUAUUUGAUUUCUGCUUUAUUUUGUUAUUGACCACAAUGCCUUUGGUUUACAUUACUCUUGUAUUUUAUGCUUCCACUCAACAGGUUUGAUUGCUACCAGGAGAAUAAAUUGUGUGUUUGAUAA